UUCUUGCCUCCAUUUCCACGAGGAAGACGGAAUUAUUCCUGAAACCCUAGCUAACAAGCGAAGCAGGAAUGAAGAUCCGAACGAUGAAGCUGUUGGAAGCGCACAAGAGCGCCGACGAUGGCCGGGGGGCCAUGUGCUCCAUCGCCUGGUCUGCCCGUGGCGACCACCUUGUUACAGCGUCCUCAGCCGACAAUUCGAUCUGCAUUCACGAUGUGUCUUCGCCGUCGAACAAGCCCAAGUGUCUCCGAAAUCACCGCGAGGGUGUCACGGCGUUGGCCCUCAGUCCAAAUUCCACCUGCCUUGCUUCGGGUUCGAUGGAUCAUUCUGUCAAGCUUUACAAAUUUCCUGGAGGAGAGUUUGAGUCUAAUAUCACUAGAUUCACAUUGCCCAUUCGUGCUGUUGCUUUCAACAAGUCGGGAGCAAUCUUGGCUGCUGGUGGCGAUGAUGAGGACAUUAAGCUUGUCAAUACUAUCGAUGGAACCAUAGCAAGGGUUCUUAAAGGGCAUAAGGGACCUGUCACUAGCUUGGCUUUUGAUCCUAAAGGUGAAUACUUGGCGUCGCUUGAUUCAGAAGGAACUAUCAUUUACUGGGAACUUUUCUCCGGAAGCACACUGCAUGUUCUUAAAGCUGUAGCUCCUGACAAUGGCGUUGAUGUUUUAUUAUUGAACAUACUUGCAUGGAGUCCGGAUGCAGAAAUGUUAGCAGCACCAGGUAGGAAAAAUGAUGUGGUGUUAUACGACCGCGACACUGCUGAAAAGCUGUUUUCUCUUCGAGGGGAUCAUUCACAGCCUGUUUGCUUCUUAUCUUGGUCGCCUAAUGGGAAGUAUAUGGCUACUUCUGGCACAGACAAACAGAUUCUUAUCUGGGAUGUUCAAAAGAAGCAGGACAUUGAGAGACAGAAAUUUAGCGAAUGCAUAUCUUGUAUGGCAUGGAAGCCUCACGGCAAUGCAAUAGCAAUCAUUGAUGUUAUGGGGAAGUACGGUGUUUGGGACUCAGCUGUACCUCUGACUAUGAAAUCGCCUACUGAAGAUAUUCCUGGUUUACAGUCGAAGAACAGCAAUGGGGUCCUCUUAUUUGAUGAGGAAGGUGAACCUAGCGCAUCUGGUAAUUUUAGUGAUCUUAAUGAAGAUAGCUAUGGUGAAUUUGAGUCAUCGGGCAGGAAAAGAUUGCGUAAACGCGCCAAGUAUGAUGAAGAAUGGGAAGAAGACAUUGGUGAUGAGCUGGAGAAUGUUCCAAAAGUUGAACAUCGAAAAAAGGCCUCUAAUGGUCAUAAAGACAAUACUAAUGGAAAGAGUGGAUCUAGAAAUGUGAUGGUAGCUGCCGGUAUAAAAAUGCAAGAAGCUUUUCAACCUGGAUCGACUCCUGCACAGCCUGGGAAGAGACACUUUAUGUGUUACAAUAUGCUAGGAAGUAUAACCACAAUGGAACAUGAUGGAUAUUCCCACAUAGAGAUAGACUUCCACGAUACCAGCACUGGUCCACGUGUUCCGGCAAUGACUGAUCACUAUGGCUUCACAAUGGCUUCUCUAAACGAAGUUGGAAGUGUAUUUGCCAACCCAUGCAAAGGCGAGAAGAGUAUGAGCACUCUAAUGUAUCGACCCUUCAGUAGCUGGGCAAACAACAGUGAGUGGUCUAUGCGAUUCGAAGGGGAAGAAGUUAGAGCCGUAGCACUCGGCAGCGCUUGGGUUGCCGCUGUUACAAGCCUCAACUUUCUUCGAAUCUUCACCCAAGGUGGUUUGCAGCGGCACAUUCUUUCCCUCGACGGACCAGUAGUCACAGCCACUGGGUACAAAGAUGAGCUGGCUGUCAUCACACACAUUUCCCCUCCUCUGCCCUCAGAUGAGCAGCACUAUGGAUUACAGAUGCUCGAAUUUAGAGUAUUCAAUGUUCUUCAUGGAGCUCAGACUUUUCGAGGAAAAGUGCCAUUGACCCCUGGAUCGUGUUUAACGUGGUUUGGAUUCAGCGAGGAAGGCCAACUAAGUUCAUACGAUUCGAAGGGUGUUUUGAGAAUCUUUUCGAAUCAAUAUGGCGGUAGUUGGCUCCCGCUCUUCAGCUCCAGUAAACUACAGAAGCAAGAAAAUUACUGGAUUGUGGGAUUGAACUCCUCCAAAUUAUUCUGCGUCGUCUGCAAAUCUCCCGAAACCUUCCCACAGUCUGCACCGAAACCUGUCCUCACCUUGCUCGACCUGUCAUUCCCUCUCGCUUCAUCGGACCUCGGCGCAGACAGCCUCGAGAACGAAUUUAUAAUGCUCAACAUGCAUCUCUCCCAGAUUCAGCGAAGCAUGGAAGAACGAGCAGCUUCUGGUCUCGACACUGCCUCACUCGAUGACGAGGCUUUCAAUCUGGAAGCUUCUUUGGAUAGAUGCAUCUUGAGGCUCAUUGCAUCUUGCUGCAAUGGCGACAAACUUGUGAGAGCCACGGAGCUAGUGAAGCUUCUGUCGCUAGAAAAAUCGGUUCGAGGAGCCAUUAAACUCGUCACGGCGCUAAAGCUACCGAAUCUGGCGGAGCAUUUCAACACUAUACUUGAGGAAAAGUUGCUGAAAGAAAAUCGAGGCGACGCGAUGCUCCCCAGCAGCAGCAAAUCCAACAUUCCCGUCAAAUCCGAAAAACUUACUUCACCGCCCAAAACCAAAGAAAGAUCGGAAAGCACAAAGCCUCCCUCGUCAAUCCAGACGACGGCAAAUGCGUUUAUGACAAGGAAACGAGAUCCUGAGGGGUCGAUGAAAGUCGAAGUAGAUCAAACUUGUCCGAAGACUAGUGCUGCUACAAAGUUGAGCAACAAUGGUGCAGCAGAAACGACGAAGAUUGGAAAGGUCGACCAGGUGAACUUUCGUCGGCCCUCUAACCCGUUCGCGAAGGCGUCGAGCACCGACGAAAGCCCGUCCCUGUUCGAUUCUCUGAAGAAAAUGAAGAAGUCUGAUGUGAAUAAAGGGUAAAUGAUGAACUCAUUCAUGCAUAAUUUGUCCUUUGAUGCAGAUCUUUUUUCAGUCACGAAUGGUAGCAGGACAAGAUCAAAAACUUACAUUAUGUUCUUGAGAUUGUUUUGUGUAAAUGCUUCAAAUUUGUUGUAAUCCCAAUAUAUGUGAACGUUGUAG